GGGCGGAGGGAUUAAAGGGGAGGGGAGAGGGGAAAACCUAGUCUGUGUGUGUGUUCUGCCCCGCUUGCACGGCGCGCGCGCGCGCGCUUUUGGCCUACUGAGGCAAAAAGAGACAGCGCGAGAGUGCGCCGCGCAACGCCCCCUCCCCCUUUUCCUGUCAAACGCUGAGCCGGGGGAGAGGCGCGCGCACGCGAACGGGCACGCGUCGCUGGAAUCUUUGGAGAGUGGGGGCUGGAGGCAGGGCCCGGCGGCUGGACAGCACUGAGCGGAGGCGUGAGGCGUCCGGGUUUCCCUUCGUCUUCCCCGCCCUCCGUUGCCGCCGCCGCCGCCGCCACCUCGUCGUUCUCCUCUUCCUUCUCCACAGCGCCGGUCCACACGCGGGUUAUUUCCAUUGAUUGAACAUCUGGUUUUCAGCCAGCUCUGCUAAUCUUGGCAAUAAAUAUGUUGAAUACGAUUGUACAUUUAACUCUUUGCAGUGAAGCAUCAAACAGCAUGGCUUCCCGGAGUUGAAAAACCUUUCACGUUAAAAACUGUAGCAAUGUUUCUGGAUUAUAUCAAAGACCCACAUCUUCAUACUAUACAACAUGUGGACAUCAGAGAACUCUUUAAUAAUGUAACCAUCAUGUGAAGUAAGGGGCCCUGUGGAUCUGCCUGAUCCAAAAGUAUAAAAGACUGCAGGUUUUCCUGUGGAAAUCUACAAACUUAGUCUUUUGAUAACCUUAAGAGAAGGUAACUAACAAAAUGCCUCCAAGACCAUCAUCUGGUGAACUGUGGGGCAUCCACUUGAUGCCACCAAGAAUCCUAGUAGAGUGUCUUCUACCCAAUGGUAUGAUAGUGGUUUUAGAAUGCCUCCGUGAGGCCACCCUGUUAAAUAUUAAACAUGAACUCUUUAAAGAAGCUAGAAAAUAUCCUCUCUAUCAGCUCCUUCAGGAUGAGUCAUCUUACAUUUUUGUAAGUGUUACACAAGAAGCAGAAAGAGAAGAAUUUUUUGAUGAAACACGGCGGCUAUGUGAUCUGCGACUCUUCCAGCCUUUUCUAAAAGUCAUAGAGCCAGUAGGCAACAGAGAAGAGAAAAUUCUGAAUCGAGAGAUUGGUUUUGCUAUUGGCAUGCCUAUCUGUGAAUUUGACUUGGUUAAGGAUCCAGAAGUACAGGACUUCAGAAGAAACAUUCUUAAUGUUUGUAAAGAAGCAGUAGAUCUGCGAGAUGCUAAUGCACCCCAUAGUAGAGCAUUAUAUGUAUGUCCCCCAAACAUAGAAUCUUCGCCCGAGUUGCCCAAACAUAUAUACAAUAAGCUAGAUAAAGGGCAUAUAAUAGUGGUGAUAUGGGUAAUAGUCUCUCCCAACAAUGACAAGCAAAAAUACACCUUAAAAAUCAACCAUGAUUAUGUGCCAGAACAAGUAAUCGCUGAAGCAAUCAGGAAAAAAACCCGAAGUAUGUUGCUGUCAACGGAACAACUAAAACUCUGUGUUCUAGAGUACCAGGGAAAGUAUAUUUUAAAAGUAUGUGGCUGUGAUGAGUAUUUGUUAGAAAAACAUCCCCUUAGUCAGUAUAAGUACAUCCGGAGUUGUAUCAUGCUUGGGCGAAUGCCCAACCUGAUGCUGAUGGCCAAGGAAAGUCUUUAUGCCCAGCUGCCACUGGAUACCUUCACAAUGCCAUCUUAUUCUAGGCGUAUCUCUACAGCUACACCAUACAUGAAUGGAGAAGCUUCUGCCAAAUCCCUCUGGGCUAUUAACAGUCAUCUCCGGAUAAGGAUUCUCUGUGCUACCUAUGUAAAUGUAAAUAUUCGAGACAUUGACAAGAUCUAUGUCAGAACUGGUAUCUACCAUGGAGGAGAGCCAUUAUGUGAUAAUGUGAAUACUCAGAGAGUCCCUUGCUCCAAUCCCAGAUGGAAUGAAUGGUUGCAGUAUGAGAUGUACAUUCUUGAUCUUCCACGUGCUGCCCGACUUUGCCUUUCUAUCUGCUCUGUCAAAGGCAGAAAAGGUGCAAAGGAGGAGCACUGCCCAUUGGCGUGGGGGAAUAUUAACAUGUUUGAUUACACAGACACUCUUGUUUCUGGCAAAAUGGCUCUGAAUCUGUGGCCUGUACCUCAUGGAUUGGAAGACCUGUUAAAUCCCAUUGGAGGCACCGGAUCAAAUCCAAAUAAGGAAACUCCGUGUUUAGAAUUAGAAUUUGAUUGGUUUAGCAAUCCUGUAAAGUUUCCUGACAUGACAGUAAUUGAAGAACAUGCCAAUUGGACUAUAUCUCGAGAACUAGGAUUUAACUACAGUCAUGCUGGACUGAGUAAUAGACUAGCUAGAGAUAAUGAAUUAAGAGAGAGUGAUAAAGAACAACUCCGUGCCAUCUGUACUCGAGACCCCCUGUCUGAAAUAACUGAACAAGAAAAGGACUUCCUUUGGAGCCACAGGCCCUAUUGUGUACAUAUGCCUGAAAUUCUACCCAAGCUGCUCUUGUCUGUUAAAUGGAACUCCAGAGAUGAAGUAGCCCAGAUGUACUGCUUGAUAAAAGACUGGCCUCCCAUCAAGCCUGAACAGGCAAUGGAGCUUUUGGACUGCAAUUACCCAGAUCCAAUGGUGCGAGCAUUUGCAGUUCGGUGUCUGGAAAAAUAUUUGACAGAUGACAAACUUUCUCAGUACUUGAUUCAACUGGUACAGGUUCUGAAGUACGAGCAGUACUUGGAUAAUCUGCUGGUGAGAUUUUUACUCAAGAAAGCAUUGACUAAUCAGAGAAUAGGACACUUCUUCUUUUGGCAUCUGAAGUCUGAAAUGCACAACAAAAAUGUGAGCCAGAGGUUUGGUUUGCUUUUGGAGUCCUACUGCCGAGCUUGUGGGAUGUACCUAAAACAUCUGAGCAGGCAGGUGGAAGCUAUGGAAAAACUGAUUAAUCUCACAGACAUUCUGAAACAAGAGAAAAAGGAUGAAACGCAAAAGGUACAGAUGAAAUUCCUCGUGGAGCAAAUGAGGCGGCCAGACUUCAUGGAUGCAUUGCAGGGUUUUAUAUCUCCUCUUAAUCCUGCUCAUCAACUUGGAACACUUAGGCUUGAGGAGUGCAGGAUUAUGUCAUCUGCAAAGAGGCCAUUGUGGCUUAACUGGGAAAACCCAGAUAUUAUGUCUGAACUGCUGUUUCAGAACAAUGAGAUCAUCUUUAAAAAUGGGGAUGACCUACGUCAGGAUAUGCUCACGCUUCAGAUCAUUCGAAUUAUGGAAAACAUCUGGCAGAAUCAAGGCCUGGAUCUUAGGAUGCUACCUUACGGUUGUUUAUCAAUUGGUGACUGUGUGGGGCUCAUUGAAGUUGUGAGAAAUUCGCACACAAUCAUGCAGAUCCAGUGCAAAGGUGGCCUUAAAGGCGCAUUGCAGUUCAACAGUCACACGUUACAUCAGUGGCUCAAAGACAAGAACAAAGGGGAAAUGUAUGAUGCAGCUAUUGACUUGUUUACACGCUCUUGUGCUGGCUACUGUGUGGCUACUUUCAUCUUGGGAAUUGGGGAUCGUCACAAUAGUAAUAUAAUGGUGAAAGAUGAUGGCCAGCUGUUUCAUAUUGACUUUGGACACUUCUUGGAUCACAAAAAGAAAAAGUUUGGAUACAAAAGAGAACGUGUGCCAUUUGUUCUAACACAGGAUUUCUUGAUUGUGAUUAGUAAAGGAGCCCAAGAAUGUACCAAAACAAGGGAAUUUGAAAGGUUCCAGGAAAUGUGUUACAAGGCCUAUUUAGCAAUCCGGCAGCAUGCCAAUCUCUUCAUAAACCUCUUCUCCAUGAUGCUUGGUUCAGGAAUGCCUGAAUUACAGUCUUUUGAUGACAUUGCAUAUAUUCGAAAAACUCUUGCAUUGGAUAAGACAGAGCAGGAAGCACUCGAGUAUUUCAUGAAACAGAUGAAUGAUGCUCAUCAUGGUGGUUGGACAACAAAAAUGGACUGGAUCUUCCACACAAUCAAGCAACAUGCCUUGAACUGAGACAGAUAGUAAAGACAAUGGAAAAACUGAUGGCUCAUUUUGUGAGCGUUCCACUGCACUGUUGACUGUGGGCAGUAAGGAUUUUGUUGCAUCAUAAUUGCACAAACCACGCGCAGCAUUUUGAACUCAGUAGCAAGAUUAAAAACUCAAACCUAUUUAAAUAUGUUAAACAGGGUUUCAGAACACUACAAAUUGUGCAUUUCAAAACCAUAAUUUUCCUAUAUGUAAAGUCAUGUUAUGCCUUAAGUCCAAGAGGGUAAACUUUGGAGAUUUAUGUAUCUUGAUUUGUUUCGUUAGGAAAACUGUGCCAGCAUUAAAACCAGUCUUUCACAUAUUCCAGUUGGCCUGGUGAAAAUCAGAGUUGUGUGGGUUGCAAAAUGUUAAAAAGGAAAGCUUAGCAGUGCUGUUAACUGCUUCUGAAGGAGUUUUCCUCUCCCACAAGCUCAGCUCAGUAAAUUUGAGGAGAUGGUGCCUUUACAUUAAGUCCAAUGUGAUUAGUGGAUUUAAGAAUAGCAAUCUUUCCAGGUUUUGAUUGACCAUCUAUAGUUCAAACAGGUCCUUAGAAAUAGGUCUUAAGAUUCUGCUGGACAGUAUUAGUAGAGUAAAUUAUUACCUCCCGCACCACCCCAAAAAGUCUGGCUAAUGGGGAGGAUUGGGUUUAGUGCAACACUUUGGAUUUGAUUUUUUCUAAUCUAAACCUCAAUACAGUUUUUUUUUCCAUGCAUGUUUUCCAGAGCCUAAAAAAGGUGAGUUAUUAGAAUUAAAGAUUAUUUUUAUAAAGGUUAUUUAUAUAACAGAAACUAUUAAUAUAUAAUAUUUCUUUACGUUGA